GAAAAUGUGGUAGUUACGAGGACUACAGGAGUAGCUUACUAGACAACUUAUUUCAGCAAUGUCGCUGUCACAUUUAGUACAGUUUUUGAGACAGUCCUUACAACGUAUUGAAAGUAUCUUCAUACAGACAGCAGGAUUUGAAAGAAAUUUCGGUCCAGCACUGGCAGUCCAUGGUCCUGUUCUUCUCCCUCAGCAGAACAGUGAUGUCAGCUCUGAGCCCAGUUUCCUUGAUAACAUUUUCUGGAUGGCCGCUCCCAAAAAGAGACGCACAAUUGAAGUAAAUCGUUGCAGAAGACGAAAUCCAAAUAAACUAAUUGAAGUUAAGACAAACAUUGUGCCCUGUCCAGUUUGUGGACAUCUGAAACAAAAACACAUUCUGUGUGGGUUCUGCUAUGAGAAGAUCCAGAGAGAGACCGCAAUGAUCCGAAAGCAGAUUGCUGUCAUGGAGGGCAAGCCUUUGAAUGCACCUGCAGUGGAAACUGUGGUUUUGUAUGAGAGUGAAACUCCCGGAGAUGCUGACAAAGACAAGAGGAUAGUGGAGCGAAACAGGAAACGGCCAUCCUGGUUUAAACUGUAAUAUAUUUGAUUGUGCUACAAGAGAUGUAUCUCUUUUUCUAUAAUAAAGACCAAUGUGUUCAACUGA